CCCCCACCUGCGCUUAUCAGUUACCGCUACCAAUCGCUCCGCUCUUCUCCUCUCCUCUCUCCUCAACGGCAGUCACCAGCCCGCCCCGCCGCCGCCGCCUCCGGACCCGAGCUUCUCCGGGCGUCCAUUCGAAGCCGGCAUGUCCGGCGCCGGCCCCGCCCUCCUCCACCACCAUCACGGGGCUUCAAUCAGAGCAGCAUUACCUUUAUAUCAUGCAGAUGGCAGAUUUCUUCCAGGAUCUUGUUACCUGAGUAAAUCGCCUGUAUUGCGCAGAAUGAGUGUGUCUUCAGUUUGUGGAGCCAGUCCCAACAACAAUAGGCCAAGGAAUCUGGAUAUCUCACGACAACAAAAGAGGGGUUCUUCAAGGGGGAAAAGUAAGCCAUUCCAAGAAAGAGACGACUCUGAGAAUAAUGAUGAAUUUGAUAGUGAUAUGUUCUCCAAAAAUGGACCGCCUGUCUCUUUGGCAAGCAACUCACGUCCCCAGGCAACAUCAACUCCAGGGGAAAGGGAGAAGGAGAUUGUAGAACUCUUUAAACGGGUUCAAGCACAACUGCGAGCGAGGGGAAAAGGCAGGGAGGACAAGAAGCCUGAACCUGCAAAAUCUCAGGGUGAGAGGGGCAGUGUUGACUCCCUCCUUAAUUUGCUCAGGAAACACUCAGUGGACCAAAGAAGAAAGGGCACUGAUGAGAAAGAGCAGAAUUUGGAUCAAACAUGGAGGAGCAAUGAUUCUGGAAGUAAGCAAAGUUCAAGGAUCUUUGGCACUAAAAGCGACACUCAGGAAGGGCAGAAGCCACCUCCUGCAUCCUUUCAGAGACCACCUUCAAGUUUCAGGCGAAGAUCUCCUGUUCCUGGUGUUAAGUUCCAGCUCGUCACCAAUGCAGAUGCAGACUCUGAUGCCAAGUCUAGCGUCAAUGGCAUGGCUGAUGCUGUACUGAAAGCUAAGAUGCCACUCGAGGAGGAGACUGCUUCGGAUGAACCUGAUUCAGUUUCUCUGUAUGAGCCUGACGCUGUCAUAUCACCAGAAAACACAUCGUUGGAUGACUUUGUUGUUUCAGAUGAUGAUUCAUAUGUACUGGAUAAUGAUGAACCCAAUGAGUAUGUGGAACCUUUGGAAGAUCCUGAUGUUACUGAUGGCAGCACAUCCCACGAUGACAGUCUAGAAUGUUCUUCUGCAGAAGUUCCUGAUCUAAGCUUGCUCAAGGUCACAGAACUAAGGGAGCUGGCAAAAUCUCGAGGAAUAAAAGGUUAUUCAAAGAUGAAGAAAAGUGAGUUAGUAGCAGUACUGAGCAACACGGCCUGAUCCAUUGGUGCAAUGGCACGCCUCCUGUUUGAGCCCACCAUUUUGCUUCCCACUGUCAUGGGCAUGGGCACAACUUUUCUCUUGCUGUUUUUGCCAAGAGCAUGUCCUUUUAGAUAGAAAAUUGUAAAUGAGCAAGGUUUAUCUUUCUUAUGCUGGCUCCUUUUGCUGACCUAGCUUUUUAAUUAAUAAGCUGAACUCUGUUAGAAUUGAGUAAGCUGUAAGCUAGCCGGGACAUUUAUUUCUGUGUUGUAGUACUGCCGUGGUUACUCAGUGAACUUGUAAAGCUGCAAUGACUGAUUGGUGCUGAUAUUAUUCUGAUCUGUUAUGCUCCA